AUGUCGCCCUCAUUUCUUUUCUCGCUACUGAACAUGUGGGAUCAACUUUACAUCCCACCGAAUGUCACGGCUGCUGCCCUUGCACUAUUGGCUGUAGCCGCUCUGUAUUUGUCUUUCCCAUCUCAACGAGCACAUCUCAAACACCUACCCCUUCUCAACCCUAGCAAAGGUCUCCCUUUGUUUAACAUUGAAUCCAAACGCGAGUUUGUAUUUAACAGCAAAGAGCUCCUGGCGAAGGGACGCAAGCUAUUUCCAAAAAGCCCUUACCGCAUGAUCACCGACCUUGGCGAGAUCGUGUUCUUGCCAGUUGAACAGACUGAUGAGAUCCGUAACGAUCCAAGACUCAGCUUCGGCUCAGCCUUUGGUGAAGACUUCCACGGACAUUUACCUGGGUUUCAGGGCGCUGCGGUAGACAGCUAUGAUGAUGCAGUUCUACAAACCUUGGUGCGAAAGCAGCUCACCAAGUGCAUCGCUCAGAUAAUUGAGCCCGUCUCAGCUGAGGCCGCUCAAGCUCUAGCCGACAAGUUUGGAGACUCUGAAGACUGGCGAGAGAUGGAAGUAAAGUCCGUCGUUCUUGAUACGGUUGCUCGAUUGUCAGCGCGCGUGUUCUUAGGGGAGGAGCUGUGCCGCAAUGAGGACUGGCUGCGAGCGACGAAGGAGUACACUGUGAACUUCUUCGUUGCGGGAACACAUCUCCGUAUGAUCCCUCGCCCGCUGCGCCGGGUUCUCCACUGGUUCGUGCCCAAGUGUCGAGAACUACGUGCGAGCUUUGACGAGGCACGCCGCAUCAUCUUGCCCUACAUCGAGAAGCGUCGUGCGGCUCGAGCGGCCGCUCUUGCAGCCGGCAAGAAAAUUCCCGAGUUCCACGAUGCGAUCGAUUGGGCUGACCAGGAGGCCGCCGCGAGGGGCGUGACCUACGAUCCCGCCAUACUGCAGCUUAUGCUCGCUGUUGCUGCCAUACAUACGACCGCUGAUUUGGUCACGGAGAUCGUGCUGCAGUUGGCUCUGCAUCCGGAGCAUUUUGGGCCCCUCAGAGGGGAAGUCCUUCAUAUCUUACGCUCCGAGGGUUUGAAGAAGUCAUCUCUUCACAACAUGAAGCUUUUGGACAGUGCACUGAAAGAGGCUCAACGUCACAAGCCACCCGGAGUUGCAUCAUUACGAAGACGCGUCGAGAAACCCCUCACUCUGUCGAAUGGCUUGAACCUCAAAAUAGGCGACAGGAUCGCCAUCGACACAUACCGGAUGGGAGAUCCGGAGCUGCACCAAGACCCGGAGACGUGGGACCCCUACAGGUUUAUCAGGAUGGCCGAGCAGCCCGGCAAGGCCAACUAUGCGCAGCUGGUUGUAACGAGCCCCGACCACCUUGCGUUUGGACACGGGGAUCACGCAUGCCCCGGAAGGUUCUUUGCCGCUUACGAGAUCAAGAUCAUCAUGUGCCAUCUGCUGCUCAAGUACGAGUGGGAAGCAUUGCCCGCUACCGAUGUAUCGCCGAUGGUUCUGGGAUUUACUAAUGCCAGUAAUCCCACGGCGAGAGUGAGAGUUCGUCGGCGCAAGCAUGUUGAGUUGGACAUGGAUUGCUUGUGA